AAGGGCAGAGAGGAGCGGCCAGCGGGGAGACGUGAGCCUGGAGCCAGCCCAGCCUAGGCACUGCCCUGCAAAGCAGAGCGUCGGCUAUCCAGCUCCUCCCAAGCAGUAACCUAACUUGGAAUUCGUAUUUUUUAAACAAAGCAAUUUUGAAUCUUUUCUCCUCGACGGAUGCUGCUGCACCACCCCGUGGAGCUGCUGGGUGUGCUCCUAGCAGGGCUGCUGGUGCCUUUGAAACAGGCUGCAGAAGUGGAGAGUGCCCUGCAGAGAAGAGUGGCCAUGGUGGGUUCCUCAGUGCUGCUUGCAGGGCCGCAUAACAUCACACUCAUCCACUCCGUACAAUGGGAGCACCUCAACGGCACUGCUUCCCACACCAUCCUGCAGUAUGAGAGGCACAACCUGACCAUCCACAUGCCAUAUAUUGCACGAGCCCAUCUGCAUGCAUCCAAUGGAUCUCUCCUCCUGGAGGACCUCCAGGAAAGUGACAGUGGCAUCUACAGAGUGACUGUCAACCGAGCAGAAAGGGAGAGCUUGACAAUCUUGCUGGAUGUCCUCAAGCCUGUGUCUCACCCUCAGCUCUGGAGCAGGGGCCUGGUGGCGAAGGCAAGUGGUGAGGUACUGUGUGAGGUGGCGGAGGGCAGGGCAGACACGUUCACCUGGAAAAAGGAUGGGCAGAUGCUUCCCCCAGACAGAAGUUACCACCUCUCUGGAAGCCUCAGUGUUUUGCACCUAAGGGUGGCAAAGAAGUCGGACUGUGGCUCCUACUCCUGCAAUGCCAGCAAUGGGAUAAGCUGGCAGGAGACCUCCCUGAACGUCACUGUUGCAGGUCUCUCCCCCCCCUUGCAGGAUGUGCUGAGGAUUUCAGUGGUUGCUGUGGUCUUUGCUGCUGUCUCAGGAUGGGGCAUAAUUUUUCCUGUCUGCCAGUCUGAAAAGCUAAGAAUAAGGGGAGAGCUGUGGAGGUGGCUCAGUGCCUACACCUGUGGGCUGGUGUGCAUCUCCUCCAUCCUGGCCGGCACUGCUGGGAUCCUCUGGAUGAGAGAAGAAGGCCCAUCUAUUGCUGUCAUAGUGCCAGAGAUUUUCCUGUUGUAUGUGAUUGUGAUCACCUUUCUAGUGGCCUUUACCGUGACGUUCCAGCCUACGAAGCUCAUCCAGCUCAAAAGCACAGCAGAUCUUAUCACUUCUGUACCAAGUCAUGCUGGCAGCCCCUGCCCACCUGUGGAAGCACACAGUGACAUUUCUUCCUUGUCCUUCCCAUGGCCAGCACAGCGCACGAUGGGCUAUGCUGCUCCAGGAGGGGUGCUCUUGGUGGUGGUGACAAGCAGCUUCCACAUGAAGAACAUCCACCAGCGCCAUGAAGAAGGCUGCACGGCGUUCAUGGAUGUCACCACCCUUGUGGUCAGCACAGCGGCUGUGUUGGCCCUGCCGAUCCUCGCCAUCUUCCUCUGCUAUCACACAACACAGGGGUGGCUGCAGGAACAUGACUCCAGUUGUGCAGACAAGGAAAGGUCCUUUGAGAUGUCCCUGCCCAUCAGCAUGGAUCCUGAUUUAACCUCCUAGAUGCUGGGGAUGUUUCCUGUGUGGCUGGCUCAACAUGUUAAUGGAUCUCAGUUUCAUAGGACCGAGCCUGUGAUAUCUUGGUGAUAAACAGCAAUGAAAUUA